AUGACUGCUGUCGCUAAUCCAGAUUUGAAUUUGGCAGCCGCAGGAUGGGACCGCGAAACGCUAAACAAUCUACAACUUUACUCAAACAGCUACAACCUCAACUUGUUUGGAGACAUGAAUGAGACCAGUAAGUUCAAAAUGACAUUUUAAGUCAUACUAUCAAGAAUUCAAACUAAGAAAUAAGUAGUACUAUGGCAAUAACAAUAUAGCGUAUAAGGUUUCAAAAAGUUUUGUCGUAAAUUUAUGUGUAUUUUCAAUUAAAAAAGCGACAAGACUUUUUACACUGAAUAGUACUGAUUAUAGGUUGAUAUCUUAACCUGCCAUUAUUUUAUGAAUAUCAAUUUAAAAAUGUCAUUUUUUAUAUUUUUUUCAAACUAAAUUCGUUUUCAGGCUCCUCUUCAUCCUCCACCUUGUCUUUCAACAAAAUGAAGCCAGCUGACGUCCAUCUGAUGUUAGCUCGUGCCAUUCACCGUCGCAAGUCCAUUCUCUUCGCCCAACCUGGUCGAGGCAGUAAUGUAACUCAGCAACGUAAGGAAGAAGAAUGGGAAUCCCUGCGCAAGGAAAUGGUCGCCAACGGCGUUUCACGUUUCGAACGCAAGACUUGGCAGACCGUGCGUGAUGUAGACUUCCAGCAAAUCCGUCGCAAAGCCAUUCAUCGUCAAACCCUAGCCCAACAAGGUCAUGGAGCUAUGCCUGAGACCGAGUUCGACGUGAUCAUGAUGGAGAUUCUGAAUUCGAAUGAGACCAGAUUCGGAGUUUUGGAAUUCAAAAAUGAAAAUGGAUCGUCGCCGGCUUCUGAACGUUACACGGAAUCACCACAGAACACUUUCGAUACUCAGAGUCAGGCUGUGGCCAACUUGUUGAACAUGCUCAGCUCACAGACAGCUGGCGCUGAUGCUAUGGCACAGGUAAAGCUAUAUUUAUAUAAAUUUGAAAAAACUAUGCUAAUACGGCGUCAGAAAGUAACACGAUUAUUCUACUGUUCCAAACAACCUAAUAACAUACUGCUUUCAGUUCUCCGUCCUCUCCACCCCCCAAAUCGAAGAGUCUAAGCCCACUGAAAAGCGUGCUACCUCGAAUGUCAGUGCCGCUCCAACAGAAUCGUCUUCAGCCAAUUCAGUCCACAACGAAUCAGUCCAACCCGUGCCAGCCAGCCCAUCAGCUUCGGCCGAAUCCAUGAAACGCGACAUCUUGUUGUCGCAACUCCGAACCCAGCAACUUUAUGAAAAAGCGGCAGAAAAACAGCUGGAAAAGUCAGAAUUCGAAGCCGAAUUGGCCAAAAUGAAGCUGGAACAGUAUAAACUCGAGCUGGCACAGUCUAAGGAAGCGGUAGAUAACAAAGCGGACGAUGAUGAUUAUGAAGGACCAUCAAUGAAGAGAGCUCGGACAGCUGAGCCUUCAGUAUAA